GGCGGGAUGAUGAAGGAAGGGUGUGAAGGAAGAUGAGUGGGAGGGAGGGAGGGCCACCUUUGGCACUGAGCGCCCAACUCGCCUCAGUUGCCCGGACGACACGGCACGAGGAGGUUGUGGCCUCGUCCUCGCGCCAGUCUGGCCCCGCAUCUGGCCGAGGCGACGCUCCGGGACUGCCGCAGCCUCCACCCACCGGAAAAUGAAAGUAAAACAAAAGGCAAUGUAAGGACAGAACAUGACUGGAAGGACACACAAGUGAACAUGUAGACUGCGACGCACCCAAGCACGAACGCACAGGAGUGAGGGCGCAGCAUGGGCGCGGGGGCGGGCGAGGCGGACAUGGCCACGUGGGCGAGGACGCGAGUGGUGCUGAGCUGCCGCUGGCGCUGAUGGCCCCACAGACACCGCCCAUGUCACAACUCUGGCUCAACACAAGCGUCACAGAAGCGAGUGCCGCGGAGGACGUGAUUGCUGCAGCUGCGGACGCCUCUCCCGGGACUGAGGAGGGCGGGAACGGAACCCUAGCGCGGGCGGGCGGUGGGGGCGGGGAGGCGUUUGUUUGGGAAAGUGUGGCCCUGCUGGUGCUGAAGGCCUUCCUCAUGGGCAGCAUCAUCCUGGUCUCUGUGAUGGGCAACGUGCUAGUCAUUGUCAGCAUAGGCCUCAACCGCAAGCUGCAGAUCCUCACCAACUAUUUCCUGGUGUCUCUGGCCAUCGCGGACAUGCUUGUGGCCUCCUGCGCCAUGACCUUCAACGCCUCCGUGGAACUCUCGGGUCGUUGGCUCUUCGGUUAUAUCAUGUGUGAUCUCUGGAACUCUUUUGAUGUGUACUUCUCCACUGUGUCCAUCUUGCACCUGUGCUGCAUCAGUGUUGACCGCUACUACGCCAUUGUGAAGCCCCUGGAGUACCCGCUCUACAUGACCAAGGGUGCCGUGGUGUUCAUGCUGGCCAACGUGUGGCUGGCGCCCACCCUCAUCUCCUUCGUGCCCAUCUUCUUUGGAUGGUACGCCACAGCAGACCACCUAGAGCACCGCGCCCUCCAGCCUGACUCUUGCACCUUUGAGGUUAACAAGGUCUACGCCAUCCUGUCGUCGGCCUUCUCCUUCUGGGUGCCUUGCACGGUGAUGGUGGUGCUGUACUACCGCAUCCUGCUGGAGGCCAGGAAGCAGGAGGCCGCCAUCCUGAGCCGCACAAACAGCACGUGCACCAUCAACAAUGUACAGCGAGGUUUCUCCUCGUCCACCGCUCAACAGAUCUUGGCCGCCUUCAGGUUAAGGAGGAGGCCCAAGCUGAGGAAGAAAAAGGACAAGCACUGCGACAGACAAGAGUUCCAGCUUGGUCCUGUGCCGCGCAUCUCGCGUUGUGACUUGGGCAAUGAACCGCGGCCCGGAGGUUUCCGCAAGCCCUCCACCAUCUGUACUCAAGACCAAAGUACAAACGCUAGAAAAUCUAGUAAACACUUACUGAAUGACACCACACAGCUGGGCCCGCCUGCUCUUCCGGACACGUCUAGCUCACUUGAGGUGAGUCCGAGGACCACCAGUCCAGACUUAUCGUUUAAUGAGGAAGUAGAUGAUCGCGUGGACACUAGUCCCACUCUCAAGGCGCACCACUCCCGCAACAGCUCCGUCAGCAUCAACGGACACACGGGGAGCGGCCUGCCGGUACGAGUCAUCAGCCCUGUGCCCUUUGGGAGGAGGGAGUCCUUGAUGCCCCCGAGCGCCCUGCACUACGGAGGCAGCGGGGGUGGGAGUAGUCACAGCGGCAGCCACCCGGUGAUGCGCCGUGAACACAAGGCAGCGCGCACGUUAGGCAUCAUAAUGGGCGCCUUCAUCCUGUGCUGGAUGCCCUUCUUCACCUGGUACGUGGCUGUCACUAUCUGCGGCGACCGUUGCCCGUGCCCGCAGGCUGUGGUCACCACGCUCUUCUGGAUCGGCUACUUCAACUCCACCCUUAAUCCCUUCAUCUACGCUUACUUCAGAGCCGAAUUCCGGGAGGCGUUCAGAAAGACUCUGCGGCAGCUGAAGUGUUGCACGCGAGACGAUGACCUUCCCGGGGCGUUCGUCUGACCCCAGCAGGCUCCCUCACCCUUUCCCUCGGGCUUUCAGUAAAGAUUGAGAACUGCUCUUCUUAUAUCUGUAUGUGCGGCGGCGCAAACUGUAUCUGUUGUUCGAAUAACUAUUGACUUUAAUGUGAGGCGAUGGUGUUCGUGUGUGUGUGGACUCUGUCAGUGUUAGAACUGGGAAAGAAAUCUUCUUCAGGUUAAAACAUUCCAGUCCUUAACGUUCCUCUCUUCGUGUGUGUUGUCUUGCGUCACCAACAAGUGUUUCCUUCAAAACUCUUCCAGAUUCCUUCAGAACAACAACGGACAAUGCAGCUCGCAGAGAGAAGGAAACAGAGGAGAGCCAAGGCAGUGCCGUUAUCACCCUGGGCAAUGUUAGCUGCUGUCGGCAGGAUGGAACUAACGAGUGAGUCGGUAAAAUGGAGAUCAAUGCGUUAAGUUCGCUCAUCAGGUGAGGUAAUCGUCGUCUCCUUGAUUGUUAUUAGGAGGAAAGUGGAAUUCUCUGCUUCACUCGGACAUGCUUGAAAUUCUACACACAUGUAUGCAUUAUGUGGAGAUAAAACAUAUGCAAAAGAGUACAAGGUUAGUAAUUACGAAGGUCUGUGAGGAAUCUACUAAGGUAGUAAAACUGUUCAGCAUCCUGCUUUCCCCGUGUUACUGAAUGCUGUCUCUGUAGCAAUCUACUUGAGAGACUUCCAUCUACAUACGCCACGAGAUGGAACAAUGUGGACCCAAAAUGAGCCAUCUAGAAGGCAAAUUCUGAGCCACAAUCGUGCAACGCUUGGUGCCUGGCGAGGCUCAGUGUAACACACAGCAACUCUUCUGGAAGAGCGCCAGGCAGGAGUUUAUUCCUUGGCGUGACAGUUGUCCGUGUCUCCUACAUGAAUCACUAGAGAAGUUUAUUUCUCUGGCAAGAAAAACAACACCUAUUAUGCAAACACAAAGCCAGCGGAGACAAGGACGGGAUUUGCAUAUUAAUCUGCGUCUCCCUCAGCUCAGCGCCACCACCACUGUCAAGGCAACACCCUACCGGCUACGCAUUGGAGCAUCAAACCCGAGGAAAUUCACUCCUAAACUAAACUUUCGCACAGCCAGGCAGCAUGUGGCAAGGCAGCCACAGGCAAGCAAAGAUGAUCUGUCCACAGCUGCCAUUCUCCUACACACACUGUUAUACAGACACGUGUCUUACGGUACUUACAAACAUGUUUUUCCCAUUAACGUAUCCACGCACUAAUUCAUCAUUUUCAUUGUCCUGCAUGCACUCUCCUCUCGGUGCCACACACAGGCGUCUCUUCCUCUCCGCUGCUCACAUUGCUUCACUGCUCUCUCUCCGGAACUUUGAAACUUUAAUACUCUGUCAUAGAUAUUGGUGCUUUAUUUUGUUCUUAUUUUGUUCAGUGCUGUGCCUGUGUCUGUAUCUUUUAUCUUUCUGUCUCACUUUUCCUAAACAUAGAAGUUCAAACAUUUCCACGAAAACCUUUCACCUGAAAACUAUAUUACUAUCUGUCAACGCUCAGCCGACAAUGCUAUUCCCCAACACUCUUUUCCUAUCGCUCUGCAUCACUUUCUCCCUAUCUUUGGAAACUCUACUGCCCAAACCAUCACCACCACCAUCACCACCAUCACCACAACCACCACCACAAGACAGCGUGGCGCUUGGCUGCACCGGGCUGCCGUGAAGCAGAGGCAACCUGGUGACCCAAGGCAGCUGCGUCAUCUGUUUUCAACGACUCCUUCCCCAACUUUCACUUUCACUUUCACUUUCACACACACACACACACACACACACACACACACACACACACACACACACACACACACACACACAC